ACGUGCGGCAGCGGUUGGGGAAAAGACGCUACUCUCCGGACAGACGGCGCUCCCCCUCCCCCGUGUCCCCCCGAGACACGCCCCCGGUCAGAGAGCCAAUCAGAGACGUGCAUCGCAGACUGGGCGGGGCCGGCCAGGACAGCAGAGGCGUGUACUCCAACUCAUCCAAAGACAGGAAGACAAGCGGGCUGUGGAGCAGACUCGGCUCGGCUGAAGACGACGGCAGCGGCGGACGUCACGAGCGCCACUCCAGCGGCCGCUCGGCGGGCCUCUUCUCCUCGGGGAGGAAGGACGACGGCGGCAGGAGACGGGGCGGCGUGGAGGACGAGGAGGACGAGGAGGCGGAGGAGGAGGACGACUCGACGCUGCAGAAGAUGUGGGGCGCCAUGAUCAAACAGAAGCAGGAGCGUCUGUCCCACAAGACCAAGAAGAGCCGGCUGGACAACCUGCCGUCGCUGCAGAUCGAGAUCAGCCGCGACAGCAGCGACGAGUCCGACGCCUGAGACUGGCGGGGGGGGGGGGCACGAGGACAGGAAGCUGAUCUGAGGCCAGCGCGGCGGCGCUCUGUCUCCCAACGCGCCGACAGGAAGUGAUGCAGUGACUGUUAGCGUUUGUUGUUGUCACUUUUAGCCGAUCUGCUGACCGUGUUUUUCAUUUUCUUAUUCGUUAUUU